AUGACCACAAAAUCAAACGUUCAAUCGAGAUUAAAUGAAUGGGAAACUUCGUGUUUACAUAAAGUGAUAAAUUUGUCUCCUUCAAGUAUUGAUACGUUGAUUCAUAACUCAGCAGGGGUUUCAUCAAAAGAUACCCAUAGUUUAUCCAAGUUAAUGAAAAGAUUAUCUUUAUCUCCCAGAAAGAAAGAAAGUCUCGAAAAACUUCAUCACCGUGAAGUUCAAACUUAUUGUAAAGAUAUCAAAUUAUACACUUACAAAAAUGGUGGAUUCUACACAGACGGUAAAGGGUCAAUGACGUUGCAGGAUAUUGAAAAUGCAAUCCACCAAUUAUUAUGGAAGAAGUACGGGAAAGGUAUCAUUCAUUGUUCUGGUUGUAAAAGAACAGGAGAUGCAUAUAAGAAACAUAUAGAAUGGUUUGUUCUACCAAUUAGAGAUCUACCUUUAAUACUGCAAUUUAUAGAUAAUUUUUGUUUGAGCCAAAAUAGAUUAAAAUAA